AAAAUAACAAAACUUAAGAUUGGAGAAAGGUACCAACAAAAAAAAACAUUGCUGCACAGAUCCAAUUUCAGCUACCAUUGUUGAAGUGCUUUAUUAAUUUCUAACAGCAAGCAAUAGCAUUUUUACUUGUUUUGGAGACAAGAAGGCAAGUUUUUUAUAAGUGGGGUGUAGGUGGAACUAGUUUGAUUUUUUAUAUGCCAACUUGACAUUUUUGAAGUGGAGAGAACCGUUGUGAGUGUCAGAUAUGUGGUUGGUUGCAAUAGUGAGGUGAAUGGUAGAAUUUUGAAGUUACAAGUUUGAAGAUCAAUACAAGCAGCAUGGAAGUAAAGUACUUGGAUUUCAUAUUGGUGCCUUUGGGAGUGUUGGUGUUGGGAAUUUAUCAUGUUUGGCUUCUCUACACUAUUAUCCGUUACCCUUCUCGCACUGUUAUUGGCUUGAAUGCUCAGUCUCGUUAUCAAUGGGUUUUUGCCUUGAUGAGUGACCCUUUGAAAAAUGGUGUUUUGGCCGUUCAAACAAUCCGCAACAAUAUCAUGGCUUCUACUCUUCUUGCUACAACUGCAAUCACACUCAGUUCACUUAUUGGCGUCUUUGCGAGCAAUGACACAGAAGAAUCCAAAUUAAUUUACAGAAACAAAACUUCCCUUAAUUCUUCAAUCAAACGCCUUUGCAUAUCAGUAUGCUUCCUUGUUGCAUUUCUAUGUAAUGUGCAGUCUAUAAGAUACUAUGCACAGGUGAGCUUCUUAAUCACAAGUCCUGCACUGAAAGGCAAAGUGGAUUUCAUUGAAUAUGUUGCGAAAACCUUGAACCGUGCAAAUUAUGCUUGGUCUCUUGGCUUGCAGGCAUUCUACUUGUCAAUUCCUCUUGUCCUUUGGAUUUAUGGGCCCAUACCCGUGUUUGCUUGUUGCUGCUUGACAUCAUUUGCUCUGUACUUCUUAGAUACAACCACUCAAAUAACACAAGAUCUCCACACUAAGUCAUUCAAAGAGAAGGUAAGUGAAGGUGUGGAAGCACCAUAGUUCCACCAUAAGAUAUGUUUGGUUGCACAUUUGCAAUCCACUUUUAGACCCCAAAAUCAAGUUCAUCCAUAAGCUGCAGCAGUAUGUAGCUUUUCUUAGUUUGAUUGGAUAUUUGCAAUCCACUUUUAGACCCCAAAAUCAAGUUCAUCCAUAAGCUGCAGUACGUAGCUUUUCUUAGCUAAGGUGUCUUGGAGUGUGCGUUCAACGAACAUCCAAACAAGCUGGUAAUCAUUGUAACUGUUGUUGAACAUGACUGAUAACUAUUAUCUCUUGGCGUAAUAUUUUUGCUCAAAGUUCAGUUGUGGAUUUUCUAUAACUAUCUAAGCAAUUAUAUUAUCAUUGGUGAAUUAUUGUAUUGUUUAUUGAGAAGUGUGUGUUGUAUCUUACUCUGCAUCUCAUGUUUAAUUUGUGAAUAAAUAGCAUGAACUUUGUUAUUGUCA